AAUCGUCUCUUCUAAAUCCCAAUACUAUACAUGAACCAAUUUUUUGUAUAUUACUGGGGAAAAAAACAUAAACAAAAACCCUUGACCUAUCCAACUUAUUUUGCCUAUAGCAAAACAAAUUUGUUUCCAGGAACUCUUGCCAUUAACUCCCAUCAACAAAUGGAUUGGUCCCCAAAACACGCUACAAAUGCAUAUUUUGAUGCCCUCAAAUUGGUGCAAUAAGAAAUUCGAAGAAUCAUGAAUUAUGUUGUAUGUGGCACAGCCAAGAAGCCUAGCAGCUUGUGCGCGCAGAAGCCCGAGAGCAACGAGUUCAUCUCCGCAUUAGCAGCAGGGAUGAGUGCUAAAUUAAUCGUGCAGGUGACAUCCGAGGUGUCCCCAUUCACGGUCGCCUUAGCAGCAGCUGCCAGGCAGACAGGCGGGAAGCUCGUCUGCAUCCUCCCCGAAUCCGAGCUGAUCAAGUCCCGGGAGACCAUCGAGGAAUUAGGCCUCAGUGACAUGGUGGAGUUCAAAACAGGGGACCCUGCUCAGGUGCUGCUCAACUAUGAGAACGUCGACUUCUCUCUCGUGGACAGCAAGGCCAAUGCCUAUGACCGGCUGCAGGAGACGUUGGAUGUGAACCUGAAAAGAUCAGUAGUGGUGACUAAUAACCUGUUGGAUGGGGGGAAGGGGCUGGGAGGGUGCUUGAAAAGGGUGGAGAGGGUCCGGUCCAUGACGCAUCCUAUUGGGAGGGGGAUGGAGGUUACGAUGAUUGGGAAGGACAGCGGGUUUGGGAGGAGCAAGUCGGGGAGUUAUAGCGUUGGAAGGGAGAGGGGUGAGGUGAAGAUGGAUAAGAGCAAGUGGAUCUUCAAGGUGGAUCAAGUUAGUGGUGAGGAGCAUAUCUAUAGGAUGCCUAGAUCGAGGCCGGUGGCUGCACCGCAGUUGAGUUAGUUUUGAAGAGUCUUGGUUGCUUUUUGUAGUGUGUUUCUUUGGAUUUGUGGCAAAGGUGAAUGUGGAGAUGAACUUGAGGGUUUUUGUUUUUUCUGGCUCUUGUAAAAUAUGCUUGUGUUUUUUUGUUUUUUGUAUAGUAAAUAUAGAAUGUUUUACCUGUCA